GGUGCUGAGAUGGCGCUAAAAAAUAUCCAAGUACUGGCUAUGCCCCGCGAUAUUGGUUUGGAGAUAAACGACGUCAAGCUCCUUCUUCGAGCUCGUGUUUAUAACACGGCCAAUUCUUCUCCAAAGUUUCCCCAGAUUUUUCGUCAUUCUUUAUCGUUUCUAAUCUCUUGCUUUGAACUCUAGUCAUGACUUCUCCAGCUCACAUUGGGACCCUGUCCCGUCUUCCCCUGAACUUGCGUGGUGGUAUUGAGAGUGUUGCUCGUGGAAGACACAACGUUUCUUGGCCGUUAUUGAACCUCGAUCUAUUACGCAAUGUUCUCUUAUUCCUCUUUGUCUGGCGAUGGGGUCGUCGCGCAUUCUGGCAGCUCCGAGGUCGCGGAAUCAUCGGCUCCGUUGUCGAACUCUACGUCAACAUUCGUCGCAUCCUUUACGGUUAUUUCCUCCGAGCUCCAGGCGUGCGAAACAAGGUUCAGCAGCAGGUACAGGAAUCUCUAGUCAAGCUAUCCGACAAGCUAGUUCCCAAAGACCAGAUUCGGUACCUCUCCUUGCCAAAAGAUGGCCUCCCUAUCGACAGCGUUCGCGCCGAGCUUGAGAACCUUGCCAACAUGGAUCAUACCCGCUGGGAGGAUGGAUAUGUCUCUGGCGCUGUCUAUCACGGAGAGGAGGAGUUGAUGCAGCUCCAGACUGAGGCUUUUGGCAAGUUCACUGUUGCCAAUCCUAUCCAUCCUGAUGUCUUCCCUGGUGUUCGCAAGAUGGAGGCCGAGGUUGUGAGCAUGGUCUUGAGCAUCUUUCAUGCUCCUCCUGGUGCUGCUGGUGCUUGUACUAGCGGAGGAACCGAUAGUAUUCUUUCUGCUUGCCUGGCUGCUCGUCAACGAGCUUACAAUGAGCGUGGAAUUACAGAGCCUGAGAUGAUUCUUCCCGAGACUGCCCACACUGCCUUCCACAAGGCUGCUCAGUACUUCAAGUUCAAGAUUCACCUCGUCUCUUGCCCUGCCCCUGACUACCAGGUCGACGUUAAGGCUGUUUCGCGUCUGAUCAACCCCAACACUGUUAUGCUUGUCGGCUCUGCGCCCAACUUUCCUCACGGUAUUAUGGACGACAUUGUUGCUCUGUCCAAGCUUGCUCAACGAAAGAAGCUCUGGCUCCACGUUGACUGCUGUCUCGGUUCCUUCUUGGUUCCUUUCCUCGAGCGCGCCGGUUUCGAAUCUCAGCUCUUCGAUUUCCGACUCAAGGGUGUUACCAGUAUCAGCUGCGAUACUCACAAGUACGGUUUUGCUCCCAAGGGUAACUCGACUGUCCUGUACCGCACCGCCGAGCUUCGAAAGUACCAGUACUUUGUCUCUCCCGAUUGGUCUGGUGGCGUCUACGCUUCUCCCGGUAUGGCUGGUUCUCGACCGGGUGCUCUCAUUGCUGGUUGCUGGGCUAGUUUGAUGACCAUGGGUGAGGCCGGAUACAUCGACGCUUGCACCAAGAUCGUGGGAACUACCAAGAAGAUCACCGAGGCCAUUCAGUCCUCGCCACUGAGCGGCGAGCUUGAGAUUAUUGGCAGACCUCUUGUUUCGGUCGUUGCCUUCACAUCCCGCAACCUGAACAUCUACGAUAUUGCUGACGCUAUGGGUGCUAAGGGAUGGCACCUCAACUCUCUUCAGAACCCUCCUGCUAUCCACGUUGCCGUUACCCUGCCCAUCUCAAAGGUAUGGGAGAACCUCAUCGCUGACCUCGAGGCUGUUGUUGAAGAGGAGCGCGAGAAGGAGCGUGUUCGUCUUGUCGAAGGCAAGGGUGCCCAUGGUAAGGCUAUGGGUGAUUCCUCAGCCCUGUACGGUGUUGCCGGUUCACUGCCCAACAAGAGUGUUGUUGUUGAUCUGGCGAGUGGUUUCUUAGAUAUCUUGUACAAGGCGUAAAUGUUUAGGGAGGGGGAAUGGAAACAGUGCAAUGGCUAUGGGUGAGAGCAUAUCUUACUGUGGGCGUAGGCGUUGGCGUCUGAUAGGACGUCGUAUAGCAUAUUUGUUGUUUUUGCUGUUCUGGGGUUUCGCCUAUACUGUUUUGGCGCUUUGAAGAACCGUCGUUACUCCUGUAUAUCCUUACUAGGCUCAAAUCAAACCAUUUCAAAGUACUUUGAGGGCUGCCACUCAUAUUGCUAGGCUGUUGACGAACCCUGAUGUCAUUAGAAUAAGACUUAGCCUGUUGGGAAAGGCUUGGAUGAAUUUGCCAAUAUGUUCCUGA